AAGUCUAAUGUUACCUACUAUAACUAUGGAAAGAAAGGGCACUAUAAGCGAGAAUGUCGAAGCCCGAAGAAAGAGUGGAAGAUAGUCCCUAGAAAGGAAAUUACGGUCAUCAACGAAAUUACUAAGAACGUUAUCGAAGUAGCAGCUAUAGGUUACGAAGAUAGGGGUAGUAAUAUAGAUAGUCUCGGAUAUAACAGCAAUAAUAAAGACGAACAAGCACCGUACUCCAAACUAGUCACUAUAGACCUAGAGAUAGGUCUUGCUAAAUAG